AUGAGACACUUUUACAGGCUCCUUGAGGCAUAUUCCCCCCACCCUCCUCCUCAUAACAACACUGAGAGCAGGCGAUCCAUCACCCUCACCCAUCCAACCCUCACCCAUCAAACCCUCACCCAUCCUACUCUCAACUAUCCAACUCACCCAUCCAGCCUUCACCCAUCCAACCCUCACCCACCCAACUCUCACCCAUCCAACUCUCACCCAUCCAACUCUCAACUAUCCAACCCUCACCCAUCCAGCCUUCACCCAUCCAACCCUCACCCACCCAACCCUCACCCAUCCAACCCUCACCCAUCCAACCCUCACCCAUCCAGCCCUUGUCCAUCCAACCCUCACCCAUCCAACCCUCACCCAUCCAACCCUCACCCAUCCGACUCUCACCCAUCCAACCCUCACCCAUCAAACCCUCACCCAUCCAACCCUCACCAAUCCGACUCUCACCCAUCCAACCCUCACCCAUCCAACCCUCACCCAUCCAACCCUCACCAAUCCGACUCUCACCCAUCCAACCCUCACCCAUCCAACCCUCACCAAUCCGACUCUCACCCAUCCAACCCUCACCCACCCAACUCUCACCCAUCCAACCCUCACCCAUCCAACUCUCACCCAUCCAACCCUCACCCAUCCAACCCUCACCCAUGCAACCCUCACCCAUCCAACUCUCACCCAUCCAACCCUCACCCACCCAACUCUCACCCAUCCAACUCUCACCCAUCCAACCCUCACCAAUCCAACCCUCACCCAUCCAACCCUCACCAACCUCACCCAUCCAACCCUCACCCAUCCAACUCUCACCCAUCCAACUCUCAUCCAUCCAACCCUCACCCAUCCAACUCUCACCCAUCCAACCCUCACCCAUCCAACCCUCACCCAUCCAACCCUCACCAAUCCGACUCUCACCCAUCCAACCCUCACCCAUCCAACUCUCACCCAUCCAACCCUCACCCAUCCAACCCUCACCCAUGCAACCCUCACCCAUCCAACUCUCACCCAUCCAACCCUCACCCACCCAACUCUCACCCAUCCAACCCUCACCCAUCCAACUCUCACCCAUCCAACCCUCACCCAUCCAACCCUCACCCAUCCAACCCUCACCAAUCCGACUCUCACCCAUCCAACCCUCACCCACCCAACUCUCACCCAUCCAACCCUCACCCAUCCAACUCUCACCCAUCCAACCCUCACCCAUCCAACCCUCACCCAUGCAACCCUCACCCAUCCAACCCUCACCCAUCCAACCCUCACCCAUCCAACCCUCACCCAUGCAACCCUCACCCAUCCAACUCUCACCCAUCCAACCCUCACCCAUCCAACUCUCACCCAUCCAACCCUCACCCAUCCAACCCUCACCCAUGCAACCCUCACCCAUCCAACUCUCACCCAUCCAACCCUCACCCACCCAACUCUCACCCAUCCAACCCUCACCAAUCCAACCCUCACCCAUCCAACCCUCACCAAUCCGACUCUCACCCAUCCAACCCUCACCCAUCCAACUCUCACCCAUCCAACCCUCACCCACCCAACUCUCACCCAUCCAACCCUCACCCAUCCAACUCUCACCCAUCCAACCCUCACCCAUCCAACCCUCACCCAUGCAACCCUCACCCAUCCAACCCUCACCCAUGCAACCCUCACCCAUCCAACCCUCACCCAUCCAACCCUCACCCAUCCAACCCUCACCCAUCCAACCCUCACCCAUCCAACCCUCACCCAUCCAACUCUCACCCAUCCAACCCUCACCAAUCCAACCCUCACCCAUCCAACCCUCACCAAUCCAACUCUCACCCAUCCAACCCUCACCCAUCCAACUCUCACCCAUCCAACCCUCACCCAUCCAACCCUCACCAAUCCAACCCUCACCCAUCCAACCCUCACCAAUCCAACUCUCACCCAUCCAAUCCUCACCCACCCAACUCUCACCCAUCCAACCCUCACCCAUCCAACUCUCACCCAUCCAACCCUCACCCAUCCAACCCUCACCCAUGCAACCCUCACCCAUCCAACCCUCACCCAUCCAACCCUCACCCAUCCAACCCUCACCCAUCCAACUCUCACCCAUCCAACCCUCACCCAUCCAACUCUCACCCAUCCAACUCUCACCCACCCAACCCUCACCCAUCUAGCUCUCAUCCAUCCAACACACAAGGUUUAAACACACACCACACCUGA